AUGAAGCGCUUCCUCCUGCUGCUCGUCAGCUGCGCACGCCGCGUGUUCGCCCAAACACCUUGCGAGGAGAAUAUCUGCAACGGCGGUAUCGACGAGAGUGGACACCUCGACUGCUCGUCCGAGAUCUCCAUUCCCCCGGGGGCCUUUCAAGAGUGCAAUGGUUUCAACAGAGGUCGCUAUGUGGGGACCCCUUCGGAUGGAUUCUACAUCGGUGUCAAGUCCGUCACGUUCGGGUCGAGCCUCGAGAACAUCGGCGCGAACGCCUUUGACGGUUCGACGCUUGCCGGCAACCUCGACCUGAGUGUCGCAACCAACCGCCUCACCAUCGGCACUAAAGCUUUCUACCUUAACACCGGCAUCACCUCCGUCACCUUCGGGUCGAGCCUCGACAUUGGAAACUGGGCCUUCUACGGCUGCACGAAGCUCACCGGCACCCUCGACCUGACCAACGCAACAACACUCGACAUGGGCGAUGACGUCUUCGGCGGAACCGACAUCACGAAGGUCCUCCUUGCGUGCGGCGAGUCCGUCAGGAUUGGGGCCAACGACUUCCCGGCGGUGGCCACGAUCGUCAAAACCUCCACGGACCCGGCGCCGUGCUUCCCGAGCUCGGCAAUGGUGCAGCGCGCCGACGGCGAGACCGUCCCCCUCUCCUCCCUCUCCGCCGGCGACUCGAUCCUCGCGGCGGCGGCCGACGGCACCCUCGGCCUCGACACCGUCUCCUCCUUCUCGCUGGCCGACCCGUCCGCCAAGGCAGCCUUCCUCUCGCUCGCCACCGCAACGGCGACGGUCACGCUCACCCCGACGCACAAGCUGCCCGCCGGCCCGGCAAAGGCGCUCAAGCAGGCGUCCGAGGUUGCCGUCGGCGAGACGGUCUGGCUCGCGGCCGCGGGCGCGCUCGUGCAGGCGUGGGUUGCGCCUUGUUACAACAGCGCGGCUGUCGUGGCCGCCAACAAGUACCUUGUGGUCGAGCCACUCUCCUCGCUCGAGCUCGCUGCCGCCGUGGCCGCCCUGGCGGGUGCCGUCUUUGCCGCGCGCAAGAUGGUGGGCGGAAAGCAAUGCAUACGUCUUUCUGAUCGAGAGCCGCAUCCACCGCCGCGCUACUACAAGGAGGUCAAGGCUGUCGCGCCCAACUUCAAGUACGAGGCCGCCACCGCGUCGACCCUCGUCUCGUGA